AAAGCCGUCUAUAAUAUAUAAGACGUCUUCGACCAUCACUGUCUACGAACGUUUACUGACGUGUACGAGGGACGUACGAAUACCAACGUUACAUUGGUGCCGUGACCAGAAUAUACCUAUUGUAUUUAUUGAACGUCGGCUGUGACCGCGAUGGUAUUUUUAGUUCCAAGCAAGCAGAACGCCAGCUUAGACUCGCGGCUCGACUCGACUCGACUAGACGAGGAACAUCGACUCAUAGCGCGUUAUGCUGCCCGUCUAGCUGCCGACAUGAACAACGCGGCCCGAAGCCCAUCCGAAAUGGCUCUUCACAGUCCAGAUGUAACGAAGAGGCAACGAGAGUUGAUCUCACAGUUAGAAGCAAAAAACAGGGAGAUCAUGAGAGAGAUACAGCGCUUGAAAAAGGAACAGGAGAUGGCAGCAGCAGAGCAUACUCUGUCAUCCACUCGAAACCCAACUCUGAUGGCAGAGCUGCGGUUGCUACGGCAACGCAAGGAUGAAUUAGAGAUGCGCAUGGAUGCACUGCAGGACAGCCGGAGAGAUCUCAUGGUGCAGCUAGAAGGUCUCAUGAAGCUACUCAAGAAUCAAGGCUCGCCUCGCUCGACUCCCAACGGCAGUCCGAAGUCGAUGAGCGGCAAGUCGCCGCCCCUCGGGCUCCCUCGCUCAACGCCGAGCACGCCGGGCGACCCGCUAGCGGGAGUCGGCGGCGACGUGAAACUCGCCUUCGACCAGUCGUCGCGCGUGCGCAACCUGAGGAACGACCUGCUCGUCGCUGCCGACUCCGUCACGAACGCGAUGACGUCACUCGUGCGCGAGCUGCAUUCUGAGGCAUCGAGUGGGGAGAGUGACGACGAAGAUGACAAGAAGAUGGGCAAGUUUAAAGGUUUUGAAUUCAUGGAUCCGGGAACAGGGGAGUGGAAAGACAGUAGGGGCAGAGAGAACGACUUUCUCAAGCAGCUUAGGGCAAGGAAACAUAACCAACCCAUUCCACACAAGAGCAACAGCGACACAGAAGGUUAUAUCAACACCGACGAUGCAGACUCAUAUAUCAGAACAGAUGAUGAAAGUUAUUUAGCAACCAGUGAUGGUGAAUACUUGCGCACGGACGAUGAGUACGCUACAAUGGAUAGAGAUGAAAUCAUACAUAGAUUUGAAAAAAUUAGACAUAGUCAUGAGCCGUAUCGGCACAGGUCGGCGCCGGCGGACGACGACUCAUACGCGCGCACUGACGACGAUGAGUCCUACAUACGCACCGACGACGAGGAGGGUGGUAAUGCCGAGUGGGAGGACGCGAUGAAGCGCUGGAUCAACCGAUAGCACAGCGCCACCUGCGGGCCGCCGCCGAAAAUUCGCAGAGCGGAUGCAGGGGGAGUCGCGAGGUCACGCCAAGUGACGGUCGCGCUACUGGCGCCAUCUGUGAAUGUUGACCACUACAUUGCCAUUCGUCAGUGUGCUUGUUGAGGUCGAGAAGGAGCUCCUUGUAAUUGUUAUAGAUGAUUGCACGCUUCGACCGGAUUUAGUUUGCAGGGAAGUGGUAGAUUUGUAUUAGUGGUGGCCGCGCACUUGGGUUGGUUGCUGCUAACAUAACCUAGUACAGGUGGCACCACCUUCGCCUGGUGUGGAUGCAAGCAGUAGUAUUAAUUUUAUGCAACCGAUGUUUAGCAUGACGUUUCGGUGACGAUCUUCGUUGUCAAUAUCAUUGCCAUGUCGACCGUGUAAGAACACGCGCACCCAACGCACGCAAGCACGCACCCACGCCGACACACACACACACACGCACGAACGCACGCAAGCGCGCGC